AGGGGUUUGGGCUUUUGCGGGGUGCUCGCUAAAAUUCAGCGUGGCAGCGCGCACAAAAAACCCUCGCAACUCCGAAGACGGCCGGGUGCCAUCAGCCAUGCCGCCGCCGCAGCCUAAGAAUCGCAGCCGCGGUUCCGCGGCGACCGGAGUGAACCGGCCGCCCCCGCGCCGGAUGGCGAGCCGGGACGCGGCGGAGCGCGCCGCGUUCUUCGCGCGGCGCGAGGCGGCCGCGGUGCUCCGGCGCGUGCUCCACGGGGACGCUGCCAGGCGCGCCGCGGGCUCCAUCAAAUCCCUCGUCUACUCCCCCACGGUCCGCAACAAGCGCGCCACCUUCGCUCUCGUCUGUCAGACUCUCAAGUAUCUUCCAAUUCUUAAGGAGGUUUUAACAUCAUGUGCAGUACUCAAUAGCAAAUGGAAGAAGCAAGUGGAAUUGGUUUAUGUGACUGCUUAUGACAUUCUCUUUGGUCAGGGAAUCACAGUUUCUGGGUCAGCUGAGCAGUUAAUUAUGCUACAUAAAGAUUCUCUGAGGACUGCUCUUGAUAAAGUUUGUGCCAGAAGGAAAGUCAGCUGUGUUGAAGAUUUGUUAAGCGAGAAAACAGCAGUCAAACCAAAGCCCAGGUCUCUUCGUGUUAACACUCUCAAGACUACUACAGAGUCUGUCAUUGAAGAAUUGAACAAAAUACACAUGGUUGAUAAAGAUGAUAUAGUUCCAGACAUGUUGGUACUCCCACCUGGAACUGAUUUGCAUAACCAUCCAUUGGUCACAGAUGGAAAAGUGUUUUUGCAGGGGAAAGCUAGUUGUAUGGUAGCAGUCGCAUUAUGCCCUAAGCCAGGCUGGAAGGUUAUUGAUGCAUGUGCGGCUCCAGGGAACAAAACAGUCCACCUUGCUGCACUCAUGAAUGGAGAGGGGAGUAUUAUAGCUUGCGAACUUAACAAAGAGAGGGCCAAGACAUUACAACAUACUGUCAGAAGAUCUGGAGCAAAUAAUAUUCAAACAGUCACUGGUGACUUUUUGGAUAUAGAUAGCAACGAUCCAUCAUAUGCUGAGGUCCGUGCUAUUCUAUUGGACCCCUCUUGCUCUGGUUCUGGAAUCUCUACAGAGAGACUUGACUACUUGCUUCCUUCACAUUCUAGAGAUCACCAGGAUGAUGCUAGUACAAGUUGGAGGAUACAGAAACUGUCCGCUUUUCAGAGGAAAGCUCUCACACAUGCUCUAUUAUUUCCCUCAGUGGAAAGAGUUGUCUACAGCACAUGUUCCAUCCACCAGGCUGAGAACGAGGAUGUCGUGAACUCCAUCCUGCCCUUAGCUACAUCACUCGGAUUCGAGCUUGCGACUCCGUUCCCUCAAUGGCGCCGCCGUGGCCUUCCCGUUUUUGAAGGAUCUGAACAUUUGCUGCGGACGGAUCCUGAGGACGACAUGGAAGGCUUCUUCAUUGCAUUGUUCGUGAGAAAAGCAGUAGGCGGUCUUGUAAGCCCUAGUGAAGAUGAUGCAGUAGGAUUGAGAAGAAAACAAUUUCAUAGAAGGGGUAACAGGCUCAGGGCGUUAAGCUCCUUGAGAUUGUCCAGGAUGAUCCUCUGCCCUACCGGGCGUCUCUAGUGGAGAAAGACUUUCUUGUACUUUUUACUUAUCCUUGUUUUUUUUGGUAGCGGAAGUGGAAGAAUCUGUCGAGCUUAUCAACUGGAUACAUUUUUUCACUAUGAAACAAACGACAACAUUGGCCAUGUUGCAUUCUCCA